AUGCCUCCUUCACUUAGAGUGCUUCCUAACGCUGCCAAGCGUGCGACUAACCUCCUUCGCACCAUUCAAUACACACAUCCUCCAUCAUGUCCCUGCCAUUCGAACCCGAACCACCACCAUCACCAAAAGAUCACACCACGCCCCCUCCGUUCGAGCCCCAGCGCCAGCUCUCGCAGCUAUGCCGCAACUGCCGGGCCACUCAAGGAGUAUGCCUUUGAGAUGGCCGCGUCUGCCAUUCGUUUCGGUCCUGGAUGCACCCAAGAGGUGGGCCUCGACCUGAAGAACAUGGGCGCCGAGCGCGUCGCCGUCAUCACUGACGCCACGGUCGAUGGUCUCGUCGCCAUGCAGCAAGUCCGCGAGUCUCUCGACCGUGAAGGAAUCAACUACAAGGUCUACAAUCAGUGCCGCGUCGAGCCCAAAGACUCUUCUGUGAAAGAAGCCAUUGCCUGGGCUCGCCCCUACAAUCCCUCGGCCUUCCUCGCUGUCGCCGGCACCGGCUCCGAGACGACUGGCACUGCCAUCUUCGACCUUGUCUCCAAACGUGCAAAGACCGGUGUCGCCCACCGCAACCUCAAACCCACCCUUGGCAUCUGUGACCCUCUCAACACGGCCACCAUGCCCGCUGCCGUCAAGGCGUCUUCUGGUCUCGACGUGCUGUGUCACGCCCUCGAGUCCUGGACUGCGAUUCCCUACACGGAGCGCACCCCCCGCCCCACGAACCCCAUCAACCGCCCGGCCUAUCAAGGCGCCAACCCUAUCAGUGACGUCUUCUCCUUCCACGCCCUUCAGCGCACCGUCAAGUACCUGCCUCGUGCCGUCCGCAAUCCCGACGAUGCAGAGGCCCAGUCUGAGAUGCUCCUCGCCGCUACCCUCGCCGGUGUUGGUUUCGGCAACGCUGGCGUCCAUCUUUGCCACGGCAUGUCCUACCCCCUCUCCGGCCAGAACCCGGCCAAGUACGUCCACGCCGGCUAUGACGUGCCUCACCCCCUCAUCCCCCACGGCGUCAGUGUCGCCGUCACAGCCCCUACUGUCUUCCGCUUCACGGGGCCCUCGAACCCCGAGCGCCACCUCGCUGCCGCAGAGGCCUUUGGCGUUGAUGUCUCACGCGUCAGGAAGGAGGAUGCUGGCGCCGUGCUCGGCGAUGCGCUAGCCAAGUUCCUUGCCGAUCUGGGUGAUCAGCCCGCCGGCAUCGGUGCGCUGGGAUUCAAGAGCGAGGAUAUCGACGGGCUCGUCGAGGGCACGCUGCCGCAGAGGAGGGUGCUCAUGCUUGCACCAGGAUUAGAAGAGGAUGUGGAGAGGGAGAGGGACCAGCUGAGGACUCUGUUUGAGAAUGCCAUGACGCACUAA